AUGAACCGGGGCGAAAUGCGCAAGAGACGGAGGUCCUCGACCCAUGAGAGGGAAGAUUUCCUCUGUAAAAAAUCGAAUUACCUGGAAUGGGACGUGGAGGAUGUCUGCAGUUUCCUGCGGAUGCAAGGCUUGGAAACGUUUGAGCAAUUGUUCAGAGAUGAAAAGUUAGCUGGUGCUGCACUGCCCUAUCUGGCGGAACGUGAUCUGGCACAGCUGGGUGUGAGCACCCUGGGAGAUCGAAUAAAACUUAUCAACUGUAUUGAUACCCUCUGGAAGAGCCCUAUUGACGCGAAGGUGUUCAACGACCCGAUCCACGGCCACAUUGAGGUGCACCCACUGCUCGUCCGCAUCAUAGACACGCCGCAGUUCCAGCGUCUCCGCUUCAUUAAGCAGCUCGGGGCGACGUACUUUGUGUAUCCUGGGGCCUCCCACAACAGAUUCGAGCACUCCAUUGGUGUGGCACAUCUGGCAGGAGAACUGGUGAAAGCCCUGUCUGGGCGCCAACCGGAACUUCGGAUUAACCAUCGGGACAUCCUGUGUGUUCAGAUUGCCGGACUCUGCCACGAUCUAGGUCACGGGCCAUUUUCACACAUGUUUGAUGGAAAAUUUAUCCCCCAGAUGCGGAAAGGCUUGAAAUGGAAGCACGAGGAUGGUUCGAUAGCUAUGUUCCAGCACUUGAUCUCCUCCAAUAAGUUGGAAGGGGUACUGCAGAGCUAUGGCUUGGUGUUGCCAGAAGAUCUGGAGUUUAUAAAGGAACAGAUCCGAGGUCCAGCGACAUUGGUUCAUGGAGAGGGCAAUCCUCCAAAAGGUUCGGUGUGGCCAUACAAAGGCCGUCCUCAAGAGAAAGGCUUUCUGUAUGAAAUCGUUGCCAACAAACGAACCGGGAUUGAUGUUGAUAAGUGGGAUUACCUGGCCAGGGACUGUCACCAUCUGGGAAUCCGAAACAACUUUGACUUUGAACGCUUCCUCAAGUUUGCUCGAGUUUGUGAAGUCGGCAAAAUGAACCUCAUAUGCACCCGAGAUAAGGAGGUUGGUGACCUGUACAACAUGUUUCACACGCGCAACACCUUGCAUCGCAGGGCCUAUCAGCAUAGAGUGGGCAACAUCGUUGGUUGUAUGAUCAUGGAGGCGAUGGUGUUGGCAGAUCCGCAUAUCCAGAUUAGCGGAGCAAAUGGGAAGACGUAUACAAUGUCAACAUCCAUUGAUGACAUGGAGGCUUACACCAAGCUCACAGACAGUAUCUUUGAACAGAUCCUGCAUUCUUAUGAGCCCGAGCUGCAGGAAGCGAGGCACAUCUUGAACAAUGUCAUUUGCCGCCGUCUGUAUAAAUGGAUCGGGCAGACGCAGCCUGCAGCAGAGACAAUAAUUCAGCAGGAAGAGUUUGACAGUCUGGCUGAUCAAGUGGUCGCAGCAGUCCCAUCAACACUGGUGGACGUUCAGCUCCGGGCAGAGGAUUUCAUUGUAAAUGUUGUUCAAAUGGACUAUGGAAUGGCAGAGAAAGAUCCCAUUAACAAGGUCCGAUUCUACUGCAAGAAUAACCCCAACUGGACAAUCAAAAUCCGUAAGGAUCAGGUAUCCCAGCUGCUGCCCGAGAGGUUUACAGAGCAGCUGAUCCAAGUGUACUGUAAGAAGACAGACGAGAGAAGUGUGCAGGCUGCACGGAAGCACUUUGUCCAGUGGUGCAUCAACAGGAACUUUACCAAGCCCAGGGAUGGCGAUGUUGUUGCCCCUGAGCUAACGCCACUGAAGCCUGACUGGAACAACAGUGACAGCGAGAGCGACGACUGUAACUCCAGGGAUGUGCUCCCACCGUAUCACCAUGCAAACAGCCACAGAUCCAAGGCAAAGCUUUUCUGUUAGGAAGAAAAAGAUUUAUUUUGUGAUUUAUUUUUCCUCGAGUCUAAUAUCUUCAUUCCUGUGUGAGCACAAUAAUCUCCACAUGCUACUUUACCCCAAGUGUUAUCCAAAUUAUAGACCAUUCUUUAGAUAGAGAAAUGCGAUCUUCUUGUAAAGAAGUACUCACCUAAUGACUUCAAAGUCAGAAUCGGAUGGUUUUACAAAAUCAGUUGUUUCAUAAAUGACCGUUCCAGUUCUAGUUGACAUCUAAACUUAGGCUGUGAACCACGUUGCCUGUUACAUUUAAAGCAGCGUCUAUACUUGUGUUGAAGGGAGUGGAUUGUGAUUAUCUAAGAAGGUGAAACUCUUGAUUGCAGUCUCUUUGGAUUCUUCCUCACCAAGUGACAACUGGAACUGUGAAAGUCUGCCAUUGGGAUAAUGCAUAUUGACUGCUUCUACAAAGGGUGGUAUGGAUCACUGAUUGCUGCUUGCAGGAAAAAAACCUUUAAAAACUGCCAAAAAAAAAUCAAGUCCCUAUUCUGUUAUUCAAGGUGUUUGUCAUUGUGCUAAUCGGAGCUAAUCACAAAAAUGUCCUGGAUCUACCUAAUUAUUGCUUGGUUGGGGGAGAAUGUUGCUCUGGAUUUUUUGUUUGCUCAAUAUGUUGUAUCUCUUUCGGCUUAAAAAUGUAUCAGUGCAAAAGUAGCAUUCUACUUAACCCAACUGAGAUGUUGGGGACAAUCAGAUGGUCUUUGUCUUGUGUUGCAGGAUCGACUGGAAAUAUUGCCACCCCAACACAGCAAUACCCUGGGAGUUCAGUGGCAGUUGUAUAGGCUGGUGAUAGUGGAUAUGGUCAUAAUAUUGUAAGGUAAACCCAGCCUGCAAGAUACCUCCAUUUUGUGGCAUCCGUUGCUACUGCUCCUAGGUAGAGUGCUGUCUGUCCAUUUAACUAUCGUGCUUUUACUGGGAAUUAUAAACUCUAGGUACUCUUAAAAUUUCUAAGAACUACUUUUGCAGUAUUAAUGCCAGUGCACAAGGCUAUCCAGUGCAGAUUAUUUACCCUUAAACAUAGGGAUAAAGAUUACGAAUUUUUUAAAUCAUUGUUUUUGUAAGACUAAAAACAGCCUGAAAUCCUGUCCAAUUGCAUCAUCCAUCUCAUUUCUUUUGUUGUUUAGUUCAGCCAUUCCGGGUGACUGUUGAAACAGGGUCAGUAUUUCCUUACUUCAUUGGGGAACAUCUUUGUUUUCUCAUCAACAACAAAAGUAUUUUAUUCAGUGAGUUUUAUUGGAGAAUUUAUCUCUUCCAUGACCUCAGAGAAGGUGGUUAAAUGCUGAAGUAUAUCUGCUGGCCACACAGGUUCUUGCACUGUGAACUCUCGGCAGAAUCUUUACUGUGGCCAACAUUUUGACCAGAGAUUGUAAAAGCUAAGAUUUAAAAAAGCCAUUCUGCAUUUCUGUACAAUGUAUAAUUGCACAUACUGAAGAGAAACGCUUUGCAACAUGAUGAGUGGGGGAAGAUACAGUGGCUUUUAUUUCUUAUUUUUAGAGAUAGAGCACUUUCGGCCCAGUGAGCCCACACACACGUGAACGAUUAACUUCCUAACCCA